AUGGCACCAUCUUCUGUGGAAGUCAUGAUCGAUCAGAGGCCGACCCCGGGCAAAAGCUCGCGAGCUGCAAGUUCCGGGAAGCAAACGAAUUUCCGCAGUGGGGAUCCAAGUGUCGCCCUGGAACAGAUGCUCGGUGACGCCGAGACUACCGGUCCACCAACGUUUCAUAGUCCGGCUAGGGCCCGGGCCUACUUCAAGCACCGGCUUGCCAUCGCUUUCCGCAUCUUUGCCCAGUUUGGCUUUUGUGAAGGCGUGGCAGGCCACAUUACUUGUCGUGAUCCCAUCGAUCCGACUUCGUUCUGGGUCAACCCUUUCGGCCUUCACUUUUCGUUGAUCAAUGAUGACGACCUUUUGCGGGUGAGCGAGGACGGAGAGGUGCUUGAUGGUGGGAGGAAUACGAGAUUGAACCUUGCCGCAUACGCAAUCCACGUCGAGCUGCACCGGGCCCGACCGGACGUCUUGUGCGCGGCGCACGCCCACACCGUCUACGGCAGGGCCAUGUGCAGCACCGGCCGGCCGCUGCGGAUGCUGACGCAGGACUUUUGCGUCUUUUGGCGGGACAUUGUGCUGUACGAAAACUUUGGCGGCGUCGUCCUGGCCGCCGAAGAGGGCCGCGCCAUCGCCUCCGCCCUCGGCGGCAGGAAGGCGGCCCUGCUCGCCAACCACGGCUUGCUGGUGGCCGGUCCGAGCAUCGAGGCGACGGUGGCGUGGUUCGUGAUGCUCGAAAAGUGCUGCCAGGUGCAGCUGCUGGCCGAGGCGGCCGUGGGCGGCGGGGCGGCGAAUUGCAGCGGCGACGUGGUGACGAUUGGGGAUGAAGAGGCCCAGGCGACUUGGGAAGUUGUGGGUUCGGGAGAACAUGGUUACUUUAUGGGCCUGCCGCUGUUCCAAGUGGCAGAGAGGGAGUUUGGAGAGUCUACUUCCAUGGGUAGAGGGAUGCAAAGCCUGGAUGCUUGA